AUGUCCUCUUCAGACGCAAACAACCCCCGGUUCACUCACACGCGCAUCCAGCACCGGUUGGAACCAACUGUAAGUGGAGUGGCCUCACCUGAUUCGGCGAACUCGCUGCAGAGUACUUCGUCGGAACCGAUGUCGCGGAAGGGAACCACUGACGUGGAGAGACGAAAGGGUGGGUUCCCGAUUCCAUUGAUAGGAAAUCUGAUAGACCACACGAAGUCCAGUGCAGACGUCGCCGGAUUGCCCAAAACUGAGUCCAAAAAGUUUGGGAAGUCGCGCCAUUUCCCGCAUCCGUUGCGAAGAAAGCACAGAACGGACACUGCGCCGGUUGAGAAUGCGAAACCCAGGCAUAUGUUCAAGACUUUCACGGAAUUGGCCUCGCCAGCCCCAGGCUCCCGCCCAGAACCCCGACCAUCGCAUGACCCUUAUUUUACAGCCGAAAAUGCGGUUCAUUUGGCCGCACGGCUCAGGUUUUUCAUGAAAUUUCGGGAGGAGUCUGAACUGAACGACUCCAUCAACUACGCCAAUGUUCGCAGAGAAAUGUGGCUCGACUGGUACAAGAAGUUCCUGCGGGGCGUUGAAGUUGAGCUGGCUGAAGUAGAGACAGCUCUUGAGCGUGAAUCGAAGUAUUCAAAAGGUGGGUCUUCAAUUCAAGCAGUGCCUCAUCUCACGGUCGACCAGCAAAGAUCGCUUGCCGGCAAAAAGAGACUCAUGAGCAUGAUGAACGAUCUGGCAAACUCGGCUGUAAUGACCGAUUUCCCCGUGACGAAUCCAACCUCUGGAACUACUCUACCGGUUCAGAACCAGGAUCAAGUUUCUCUGAUCAAAUUCUGGCACACACAAAUUUACAAAAAGAUGACCAACUCGGAAUCCCUGGUGUUGCCCAUAACGAGACAUUUGAUCAAACUGCAACGUACCUCGUCGCAGUCUGGACCAUAUCAACAGGUUCCUCUGGAACAGAUAGCUGUGCUGUCCAACCAGAGAAUUUUGAACAAAGUCCAGGAAACGGACGUCAAGGAAGAUACUAAUCUUCUAACAAGCUGGGAAGUGUGUUUUGACGAGAAGAAUUUCCAUACCAACAGCAUCAAUAUCAGUGAUAGGACUUCAAUUCUGUACGAUGAGAAAAAUCAUGGUUAUCUGCCUGGCCAAGAAUUGCCCAAAAACCCCAGCUUUAUAAGCACUUUCUUCGACACACAAGACCUGACGAAGGAAGAAACGGAGUUUUUCCAAAGAUUUUCGUCUUUCACAACGACUGGGUACACCCAACUGCCAUUGAGAAAUGCGUCUCAGGCAGCCGUUUUGUGCCAGGACUUCUGGUUAACCGUGACGAAAAACGAAGUCCUACCUGCUCUUCAAGAAAUUCACAGAGUUUUGAAGCCUGGCGGAGUGUUACAAAUGCCAGUAUUUGACUUUGAAGUGAUCAACGAAAUGAAACACGAGAAUCCAGAUGGAUCAUUUUCACAAGAAGCCGAUCCAGACGAACUUUUAGCUCAUCUUGUGUGGUCGGAAAUGGUCAAAAUUGCCAACGAAGAAGGUACUGAGACCAACAUGAGCAGAAGCAUCAUGAAAUUGAUGUACGAUGCGGGUUUCUCCAAGGUUUCAUACACGAUGGUGACAUAUCCACAGGUAUCAACACUUUCGGACGUGGGAAGCACCACAGAGUCUCAUGCUGCUACAGGUCUCGAUAAGCAUUUCUCCUUUGGAUCGCCUGCUUCUUCCUCGCAAAAAGCUAGAUCCCAGGAGACAUCUCCUGUUUAUAAUCGGGUCAAUGAAUCGCCGAGAUCUGCUGCUUUUGGAGACAGAGCAACAAAGCGCCAGAGCUCUUUGGGCUUAAGCCCGACAACACCUGCACCUCUGAGACCUCUGCAGCCUGUUAGGCCCAGUUCUCUGAGAACCAAUAGCACUGAAGCUGUGAGAGAAAGCAAUGCAGACUCGGCGACACAGGGAAGCUUUGAUGGUUCCACUCGUACCGGAUCUGUUCUUAGUACAAUCACUUCUGCUUCUUCGAGAACACUAGAUGCUGAGACUCCUGCUGGUGAAGGCCACAGAUCCAGCACUGCUACCGGAACGAGCUCCAACACUGCUCCGACCAGUAUCUCCAGUGCUGGCUACAGAGAUGAACGGAUGAACAGCUUUUUCGAGCUGUUUUCCAACUACAUCGAGAUGAUCGUGAUGUUCAAGUUCGGAGUUUUGAACAUUGACAAACUCGUUUCCGAUGUGGACGGUGAUCCUGACAAGUUGCGCAGAAGACUGGCUUUGAUCAGAAUGUUUAUUGGGUAUAAAGCCCAUGGUAUCAACUUCCUGGAGAAGGCCAGGGAAGAUUCCUUGGCUAAGAAAGAAAAGAGGCCUACUAAAGAUUUCGAGAGAGGAAGGGCCAGGGACGAUAACCCCACGCAUAGGAUAAGAAACGAGGGUAUUGCCUAUUUCUUCAUUUUUGUCGCCAAGAAAUGA